UCCCGUAUUGUGUCAAUCCAAAGUAUUGCGCUAGUUCGCAAUCAGCCAUGUUCUGUUAAAACUUAAAAACCUGACGGUGGUUUGUUUUUAUAUAAUAUAAGAGUGAGCCCCCCCGUCAGAAAUGGCAGGAAACACGGGGAUGGAACAACUCAUUCCCAUUGUCAACAAGCUGCAAGAUGCCUUUACUUCGUUGGGGGUUCAUAUGACCCUAGAUCUGCCACAAAUUGCAGUAGUGGGCGGACAAUCGGCAGGAAAAAGUUCCGUUUUGGAGAAUUUUGUCGGCAAGGAUUUUUUACCAAGGGGUUCAGGGAUUGUAACCCGUCGACCAUUGAUCUUGCAAUUGAUUAAUGGAAACACAGAGUGUGCCGAGUUCCUACAUUGUAAGGGAAAGAAAUUCGUUGAUUUUGAUGAAGUACGUAGGGAGAUUGAAGCGGAAACUGAUAGGGUUACAGGCAGUAACAAAGGAAUAUCCAAUAUACCUAUUAACCUGAGGGUGUAUUCCCCGAAUGUGUUGAAUUUAACAUUGAUUGAUCUGCCGGGUCUUACCAAAGUUCCAAUUGGAGAUCAGCCCAUCGACAUUGAACAGCAAAUCAGAAGCAUGAUUUUGCAAUUUAUCAAGCGAGAUUCAUGCCUUAUAUUGGCCGUUACCCCGGCAAACACAGAUUUGGCAAAUUCAGAUGCUCUUAAAUUAGCCAAAGAGGUUGACCCACAGGGCAUACGAACAAUAGGAGUAAUAACCAAGCUUGAUUUGAUGGACGAGGGUACUGAUGCUAGAGACAUUUUGGAAAACAAGCUUUUGCCCCUAAGGAGGGGUUAUAUAGGGGUGGUGAACCGGUCUCAGAAAGAUAUAGAAGGCAGGAAGGAUAUAAAAGCCGCUUUGGCAGCCGAGAGGCAGUUCUUUUUGAGCCACCCAUCUUACCGGCAUCUUGCUGACCGCCUGGGUACCCCUUAUUUGCAGAGGGUUCUCAAUCAACAAUUGACCAAUCACAUUCGCGAUACGCUGCCUGGUUUACGAGACAAACUUCAGAAACAGCUGCUGCAACUUGAGAAAGAUGUCGAUCAAUUUAAACAUUUCCGACCCGACGAUCCAGCGAUUAAAACAAAAGCAAUGUUACAAAUGAUACAGCAGUUGCAAACUGACUUCGAGAGGACCAUAGAGGGAUCCGGUUCAGCACAGAUCAAUACAAACGAAUUGUCUGGGGGUGCUAAAAUUAAUAGGUUGUUCCACGAAAGAUUCCCAUUUGAAAUAGUUAAGAUGGAGUUUGACGAGAAGGAGUUGAGGCGAGAAAUUGCGUUUGCUAUUCGGAACAUCCAUGGUAUCAGGGUGGGUCUUUUCACUCCCGAUAUGGCGUUCGAAGCCAUCGUAAAGAAGCAAAUAUCGAGAUUAAAGGAGCCUUCUUUAAAAUGUGUAGAUCUGGUGGUUACUGAAUUGUCUAAUGUGGUGAGGAUGUGUACUGACCGGAUGAGUCGAUACCCCCGUUUGAGAGAGGAAGUGGAACGCAUCAUAACGACUCAAAUCCGACAAAGGGAACAGUAUUGCAAGGAGCAAAUUUGUUUGUUAAACGAUUGUGAAUUGGCCUAUAUGAAUACCAAUCACGAGGAUUUCAUUGGCUUCGCGAACGCUCAAAAUCAAUCGGAGGCGGCGGCCGCGAAAGGAUCGCGCGGCACAUUGGGUAAUCAAGUGAUCCGCAAAGGUUACAUGUGCAUCCAUAAUUUGGGUAUCAUGAAGGGCGGUUCCCGAGAUUACUGGUUCGUACUCACGUCUGAGAGCAUCUCUUGGUACAAGGACGAGGAGGAGCGGGAAAAGAAAUACAUGUUGCCUCUGGACGGACUCAAACUCAGGGAUAUCGAGCAGGGGUUCAUGUCGAGGCGGCACAUGUUUGCCCUCUUCAACCCCGAUGGUCGUAAUGUGUAUAAGGAUUACAAACAGUUGGAGUUGAGUUGCGAAACAUUGGACGAGGUGGACUCUUGGAAGGCAUCGUUUUUGCGAGCCGGCGUUUAUCCCGAAAAGCAAACUGAACAGUUAAAUGGCGAGGAGAGUUCUAAUGAAAGUGGUUCGUCUAGUUCAAUGGAUCCUCAGCUGGAACGUCAAGUGGAAACAAUCAGAAAUCUGGUAGAUAGCUACAUGAGGAUUGUUACUAAGACAACGCGAGACCUCGUUCCCAAAACUGUCAUGCACAUGAUAAUAAAUAAUUGUAAAGACUUUAUCAAUGGAGAGCUGUUGGCUCACAUAUACGCCAGCGGCGACCAGUCUCAAAUGAUGGAAGAGGCACCGGAAGAGGCUCAGAAGCGCGAAGAGAUGAUGCGCAUGUACCACGCCUGCAAAGAGGCUCUUAGAAUUAUCGGGGAUGUGUCUAUGGCGACAGUUUCCACGCCCGUACCGCCCCCCGUCAAAAAUGAUUGGCUCGCAAGUGGGCUAGAGAACCCUCGGCUGUCGCCGCCUAGUCCUGGAGGUCCGAGAAAACCCACUCCGCAGAUGGGCGUGGUCGGGCAAAGCGGGUCUUUAGGGUCUAGGGCGCCGCCGCCACCGCCGAGCUCAGGUCGACCAGCCCCGGCCAUUCCCAACAGACCGGGUGGGGGAGCACCGCCUAUGCCGCCUGGGCGUCCUCAAGGGGGAGCCUUGCCUGCUCCGUUGAUCCCCACCCGCAUGCAACAAGGAGGCGUGCAGAUUCCGCAACAAGUGCAGAUGGCUGUAGGUCGGGCUGUUACUCAAGCCGCAGUCAACGAAUUGUCGAACGCCUUCAAGUUUCCUAAUCGUCCGGUACCCAACAUCCCGCCAAGACUGCCCGACAGACCGUAUCCAACUAAAUAGGAAGUACCAAAUUGGAUUGCGACUGCUCCAUUAAAUUGUUUUUCAACGUUGGCGUUUAGCAAUUUUACUGUGAUGGUAUUAUGUAUUCUAUAAUUAUGUGAACAGACUAAGGUAACAUACAAUUUUUGAUAGUGAAUUUAAGAUGC